AUGCGAUCAUCUACUAUUGUAGUUGUGGCUUUGGCUCUCGUUGCAAUUAUUGCGCAGCAUUCGUCAGUUGCAACACCUAGUUCGUACAAAGAAUUGCGUCGACAAUAUAAUGACAACAACCAUGGCAAGAAUAAGCAAUACGAAAUGUUUCUACGACGUGUUUUGCAGAAACUAGAUAGUGACGAUCUUCGCCCUACAAUGCGAAAGGCUGCCAACUCAGCUAAACUACCAGUGUGCAGUGACGCUACUUGCUGUGGUCAGACUUCUUGCAUUCCUUGUAAAUAUGGUAGUGCUACUCAAUAUUGUCGUGGUCUUGUUUUUUAUGUUUUUCGUCUUUUUAAUGAUUCUGCUUCUUGUUCUGGUUAUUCUGGUUCUCGUUAUUCUGGUUAUGGUUGUACUGUUCCUGCUGAUAAGUGUCCAUGUGUAAAUGGUGGAACAUGUGAUGGUCCUUCUAAUAGCUGUCAGUGUAAAGGUGGAUGGAUGGGUGAAACAUGCUCAGAGUGUUUAUGUCAAAAUAGUGGAACAUGUGAUGGUCCUGAUGGUGCCUGUCAGUGUAAAAGUGGAUUUACGGGCGAAAGAUGUCAAAAUCCACCACCGGCACCACCUCCACCACCGCCGUCAUCGUGCAGUGCUGCUACUUGUUGUUCCACGAGUUCUUGCAUUCAAUGUGAUAAUAAUGGUACUACUGUCUCUUGUUUUGGUACUGAUUAUUUUGGUGGUUAUUCUUAUGCUAUUUAUUCUAAUCCUAAUUGUCAGAGUGCUAACAGAUUUUCUCAGUGUCCUUCUGAUGUGUGUUUAUGUCAAAAUGGUGGAACAUGUGACGGUCCUGGUGGUACCUGCCAGUGUAAAGGUGGAUGGACUGGCGAAAGAUGUACAAAUCCACCACCGUGCAGUGCUGCUCUUUGUUGUGGCACGGAUAUUUGUGUUUCUUGUGAUAACAGCAAUACUUAUUGUCGUGGUAUUAAUGAUAAGGAUAUUGGUAAUGAUCCUCGUACUCGUUCUCGUUUUGGUCUUGCUGGAGUUGGUGUUCAUGAUCGGUAUUUUGGUGUUUUUAAUUGUCCUUAUGCUUGUUCUUUUGGUGGUGAUGGUCUUCGUGGUGGUCGUUCUCUUAAUGCUAGUGUUUGUUAG